GGCGGCUGCUGCUGCAUGUUACAGUACUCAUGGCCCGCUAGAGCUUUGGCCUGCGCUUUUCCCACUCAUUCCUCCCAGCUGCAACUCAUCAUCUCGCUCCGUGCACUCUUUUUUUGAUCCACGAGAAGCGCUAUUGACGGCAACGGUGGACGGAUAGCUUCACAAGUUCACAAGAGGCCAGCGAGUGGUGACGGUCAGACACCAGUUUGCGCUAUCCAAAAUAGUGGUGAUGAGGCCGAGCGCCGAGCAUAUGCUGAGCGCAAAACAACAUAUAGAUGCGGCAACUGUUACCGACCGCAAUUAGGCAGCAAGAUGAAAAUCCAAAGGCUGUUCAUCUAUCCCGUCAAAUCACUCUUGCCAAUUGAGGUAUCAAUUGCAGAAAUCACGAGUGAGGGCUUUCGCUUUGACCGGCAGUAUAUCCUUGUCAGAGAUCCCAAGAGCCACCCGACGAUUCGGCCUCAUCUAGCCGAGCACCUUACCGUUAAGCGGGUGUAUAAACUAGCACUCUUCCAGCCUUCAAUCAAUGAUGAUUGGUCGGAGCUGACCAUCAAGCACACGGUGGCCCAGCCGGAAUCUUCAAUUACUAUUCCUCUCACACCAUCGCCGCUGUCAUGUCUAGACGCGCCGUCGUACCAAGUGAGCGUCUUCGGAACCGAGGCUUCGGCCGUUGAUAUGGGAGAUGGCCCGGCCGAGUUCUUUAGCAAACAUCUCGACAUACCUACAAGAUUAUUGUUCAUCUCCGGAUCGGGUAGCCGCGAGAUCCCAGGAGCUGCAUACAUCCCUAAACACCGCCUGCCAUUAACAAUCAAGGCUGCCGGUGAACAUUUCCAGCCACAACGAAUCCGAUUUGCGGAUGCUGCUCCGUUCCUGGUGACAUCAACAGCAUCUGAAGAGGACGUCAGAAUCCGGCUACCGCCAGAUAAUCAGCAAGAAGAUGUCUUGCUUCGCUUCCGUACCAACAUCCACGUCGAUGUGGGAUCUGUUGCGGCGUGGGACGAAGAUCACUGGAGAGAGCUCACUGUAUUUGCAGAAGACGGAACUACGCCAAAAGCAGUUGUCCGCUGUGUCUUCAAGACCCCUCGCUGUCUGAGUAUCAACGCCAACAUACAGACAGGGGGUGGAUCUCCGAGGAGCACACAAGUCUACGGCUUAAUAGCUAGAGAUAGACGCGUAAACAAGGCGUACCCUAUGAAACCAGUCUUUGGACAGUGGUCGUUUGCAGGUCCCAACGGGGCCUUGCUUCGAGUAGGCGACGAAGUUAAAGUUACGGAGAGGGGGGCAAACGACAAUUUGAGUGAGAAUCUUGUUUCGGCUUGAUUCUCAGCCAAGAUAAUGGACGGUAUUUCGAUAUGUACAAAAUGAAGGACACGGUAAUAUCCCGAAUCGUAUAAGUUGGCAUGCGCCUACAUAAACACAUAUCCUUCAGAUAUUCUGCACGGCGUAUUAUUUCCCGUACAUAAAAGGUACCUGUAUUCUAUCUCAGAACAAAUACGCGAGUGCACGGAUUGCAGCCGUGUCACGAUGACAUAAUGAAGAACAGAGGGGGGAUAUAUCAGGUAUCUAGCAAAGCGGAGGCUCAUUUCUCAAUGAUACCCUCAGAUAGGCUAUUCAUCAAUCGGCUACCAGUAUCAAAAUACGUAAAUCUGCUUUCCCUUGGCAAU